AUGGCAAUAGUUGUUUUACGUCAAAGACCAUCUAGUGGAAAAAAAGGGCAUGUUGGAAGUGGGAGUAAGAGAAGAAGAUCAUUGUCUUUAUCUUCUUCAGAAGGGGUUCCAAAUAUAAUUCAUAUG